AUGCGGACGGAGGGUUACCCGUCACCGUCGUCGUCGUCAUCAUCAUCAUCAUCGUCGUCGGUCGUGGUGGUCGAUGAAUGUGUCUGGCGGGGAAGUAGUGGAAAGGACAUUGCCACCAUCGCAGCGCCACCACCGCCCGUUCCAUCAGCAGCCUGGGUCCGCUGCCAACCGGGAGCAACUGUUCCGCAUAUUAGUCAUAAUGCGGUGCAGUGCCAAGUUCCUCUGGUCAUCCAACAGAUUCCGCCACUGAUCGUCGACAUGUCUGCUGCUGAGAGGAAACUACGCGGUUUGAAGAAUCGCAAACGCAGCAUCCUCUCAUCGUUAGCCGGAGUUAGAAACUUCGUCAACAAUUAUCAAGACGACAGAGACAAGCGCGAGGUGCCCGUACGCCUGGAGAAUUUGAUGGACCUGUGGACGGAAUACAACUCCGUACAGGGUGAGCUGGAUAUGCUGGAAGAAUCCGACGAAGCUUUGGAGACGUACUUGAAGGAGCGGACAGAGGUAGAGAAAUUGUACUACAUAGCGAAAGGUACGUUACUCCAACUACAUCAGACCGAGCCGGCACCUGCCCGUGCUGAUACGAAUCAAGUUUCGCACCUCAAGUUACCAAAUAUUAAACUGCCCGUUUUCGAUGGAAACUUUGAGACCUGGCUCAAUUUCCACGAUUUAUUCGUAUCGCUCGUGCAUACUUCGACCUCCUUGUCGACGAUACAAAAGUUUUACUACUUGCGCUCCUCAUUGGCUGGUGAAGCGUUAAAAUUAAUUCAAACCAUUCCAAUAAGCAACGAACAGUACCCGGUAGCUUGGAAUUUGCUGGUCAAUCACUAUCAAAAUGACCGGCGCUUGAAACGAACUUACGUUCAAUCACUGUUCGAGUUUCCAUGCCUGAAGCGGGAGACGGCCGUGGAAUUGCACAGUCUUAUCGAAAAAUUCCAGGCCAAUGUCAAGGUGUUAAAGCAAUUGGGCGAACGCACUGAGCAUUGGGAUGUACUGCUGAUUCACCUUCUCAGUACACGGUUAGAUUCUGUCACGAGGCGCGAUUGGGAAGAAUACGCGGAGGCGAACAAUGUGAACAAGUUCCAGCAACUGAUUGAAUUUCUUCAACGACGAGUCAACGUGUUGGAAACGGUUGGCGGAAGGUCAGUGGAGACAUCGGUAUCAGUGAAGAAGUUCAACGCACCUCGGGCUGCCAACCACGGUGCUUCUCAGUUUGGAUCCUGGCAGUGUCCAGCUUGCCCCGGCAAGCAUCCCCUCUAUGCGUGCGGAGAAUUCUUCAAAAUGACAGCCGACGAGAAGGAGCAACAGGUUCGACGCAACAGGCUUUGUCGAAACUGCCUGCGGCGAGGGCACAUGGCCAAGGAGUGUCCAUCCGAAAGCAGUUGUCGUAAGUGCAGAGGACGACAUCACACACUAUUGUGCUACGCUACAAGACCGGAGGGCAGCAGUCAAUCAGCAGCCGUCGCACAUUCAAACCAGACAUCCAGCAAUGACGAACCACUCUCAUCCACCCCCGCAGCGCAUACGGGCAUCACCAGCUGCACUUCUCGAGACAUAUCACGAACGACGGUCCUGUUGGCUACAGCGAUCAUCGUCAUGGUGGACAACAGCGGGAACGAGCAUCCAGUACGCGCCUUGCUGGAUUCAGGCAGCGAAUGUUGCUUCGCAACGGAGCGGCUAGCACAGCGAAUGCAGAUUUCUCGAAGCAGAGUCAAUUUGCCGAUAGCAGGAAUCGGCGAAGCGGCCACCGAGGUCCGCUGCAAGUUCCAGUCCACGAUAAAAUCAAGGAUUUCCAAUUACAGCGCUACAAUUGAAACAUUCGUCCUUCCCAAGGUUACCGUCGAUUUGCCAUCGAUCUCUGUCGACGCGUCGAGCUGGUCACUUCCAACAGGAAUUCAGUUAGCCGAUCCGUCUUUCUACCAAUCUGGGACCAUCGAUGUUGUGCUGGGAGCGGAAGUGUUCUUUGACUUGUUUAGCGUUGCGGGACGCAUUUCAUUAGGCGAGUCGCUUCCUUGUCUCGUGAAUUCCGUCUUCGGUUGGAUAAUCAGUGGAAAAACAUCUCAAGGUCAGUCAAGGCCUUCCAUAGUUUGCAACGUCGCCACUACUGCCGAGCUACAACGCAACAUGGAGCGUUUCUGGGCGAUUGAGGAUGACUCGGCAAUUGUUCCUUCUGCAGCUGAAGCCUAUUGCGAGAAGUUCUUCUCUGAAACCACUGUUCGCGGUGAGGACGGACGGUACAUGGUGCGCGUACCGUUCAAGGAAGACGUUCUGAGAAAAGUAGAUCGCAAUAAACGCACUGCAUAUCAUCGUUUUCGCUUGAUUGAGAACCGACUAGGACGAGACCAGCAGUUAGCCGACGAAUACACGAAGUUUAUGGAUGAGUACGAGGAGUUGGGCCACAUGGAGCGAAUUGAAAACAUGGAAGCAGUGUCUGGACCUGCCUACUAUAUUCCGCAUCAUCCAGUGAUUAAAGAAGAUAGCACCACCACCAAGGUCCGCGUCGUCUUCGAUGCUUCGUGCAAGAGCGCUAGUGGAGUUUCUUUGAACGAUGCCAUGCUGGUUGGUCCCGUCGUUCAGGAGGAUUUGAGGGCAAUCACGAUGAGAUCCCGACUUCAUCCGAUCAUGCUAAUCGCCGACGUUGCCAAAAUCCGGAAUGCAACUCCGAAAAUGGGCGAGCAACUCGUAAGCAUCCCUCCAGCCAACCGAGCCAUAGAACCGUCGGUGGACUUUGCCAAGGAUCAAUCCAUCAAAACUCUGGGCCUGCACUGGGAGCCCGGCUCGGACCAGUUGAAGUACGUCGUCCCCGAAGCCUCCGGCGUUCUAAACACCGUAGUAACGAAGCGCAGUUCCCUGUCCAGUAUCGCUAAGUUGUUCGACCCACUCGGUCUGGUAGGUCCUGUAGUAGUCGUUGCCAAGGUUUUCAUGCAAGCACUUUGGGGUCUGAAGGACGAGAAUAACAAACCGUACGAUUGGGAUACAGAACUGCCAGACGAAAUGAAACGCCGCUGGACCGAAUACUGCUCCGAACUGCCCCGCUUGAACCAAUUGCGCAUCGAUAGGUUUGUCCUGCUCCCCGAUUCAACCUCUGCUGAGCUCCAUUUCUUUUCGGACGCCUCUUUAACCGCCUAUGGAACGUGUGCAUACAUCCGAUCAUCAAAUGCUUGCGGAACAGUAAAGAUCGCGCUACUGACGUCUCGAUCAAAGGUUGCACCGCUCAAGCAGCAAAGCAUUCCACGUUUAGAGCUGUGUGGUGCACUUUUAGCCGCUGAACUUUACUGUAAGGUCAGCGCUGCGCUGCGUAUUUCUUCCAAGGCGUACUUCUGGGUUGAUUCGACGACCGUUUUAAGCUGGCUCAAGGCAACACCGUCUACGUGGUCCACAUUCGUCGGAAACCGCGUAUCAAAAAUCCAACAGAUGACCGAGAACUGUGAGUGGAACCAUAUCGCCGGCCAUGAGAAUCCUGCUGAUAUAAUUUCGAGAGGAUUGCCAGCGGCGGACCUUAUUCAGUCUCAACAAUGGUGGCAAGGGCCUCCAUGGCUUCAAAACGACAAGGAAACAUGGCCAGUUCAAGUCAGCGAAGGGAUCGAUCAAGAAGCGACAAAGGAAGCUAGGAAGACUGCACUAGCUACAACUUCACCAUUGCCAACAUUCGUUGAAGAAUACGUCGGACGAUUCUCCAACUACCAAAAUAUGCUACGGAUCACUGCUUAUUGGCGGCGAUAUUUCAGCAACUUGCGCCUACCUAAAACCAAACGAAUUGUCCUCUCGCCACUCUCCACCGCCGAAAUUCGUGGCGCCGAAUUGGCUCUCAUUCGACUGGUACAGAAAGACUCCUUUCCGGUGGAAUUGAAGGCUGUCAGGGCAAAGCAGGCCAUCUCAUCUCACUCCAGACUUCGUUGGUUUCAUCCAAUCAUCGACAAGGACAACAUUCUCCGCAUCGGUGGACGCCUCGAUCGUUCAGUGCAACCUUUCGACUCCCGCCAUCAGAUUUUGCUCCCAGGAUCACACCCAUUCACGGAACUCCUUGUUCGGAGUCAGCAUGAACGUCUUCUUCACGCAGCAGCUCAGCUUCUUACCAAUACCCUUCGACUGCGAUUUUGGAUUUUAGGAAGCAGAAACGUUUCUCGACGAAUCGUUCACAAAUGCGUCACGUGCUUCCGAGCAAAGCCGAAAGCCAUUCAACAAUUCAUGGCCGAACUUCCAUCGCAACGCGUCACUGCUUCGCGUCCGUUCUCCAUCGUUGGGAUCGACUUUUGGGGGCCAAUCUAUCUCAAGCCACGCCAUCGCCGAGAUGCACCACCGAAGGCAUAUGUUUCCGUAUUCGUGUGCUUCAGCACAAAAGCCGUCCACUUAGAACUGGUAGUGGACCUCAGUACGGCCAAGUUUCUCCAAGCCUUUCGUCGCUUCGUUUCUCGUCGUGGUCUGUGCUCAGAUGUUUACACCGACAACGGCAAGAAUUUCGUCGGUUCGGCCAAUGAACUGCGGAAACUGUUGCGCGCCGAAGAGUUCCGGCAUGCCAUCGCCAGUGAAUGUGUAAGUUCUGGUAUUCGAUGGCACUUCAACCCUCCUCGUGGCUCCCAUUUCGGAGGACUCUGGGAAGCGGCAAUCAAGUCGGCGCAAAAACAUUUUGUUAGAGUGUUGGGAGACCGGAAAUUAGCUUUCGACGACAUGGAGACGCUUUUGGUCCAAAUUGAAGGGUGUCUGAAUUCUCGCCCGCUAACAAAGCUAUCAGAUGACCCGUCGGAUCUCCAUGCAUUAACUCCUGGCCACUUCCUCGUCGGAACUUCGCUACAGUCGGUCCCAGACGUCGAUUACGAAUCAACUCCAAUGAACCGCCUCCACCAAUGGCAGCAGAUCCAGAAGAUGCUUCAGGACGUCUGGAAACGCUGGCAUGUAGAAUACCUGCAAAUGCUGCAACCCCGCAGUAAAUGGAUCAAACCACCCGUCGAACUGAAAGAGAACCAAGUAGUUGUCAUCGUAGACGAAAAUCAACCACCAAUGCGCUGGCCUUUAGCUCGAAUCCAUGAGCUACAUCCCGGAAGAGACGGUGUCGUCCGCGUCGUUACGCUGCAGACCGGCUCCGGCCGGCUUACCCGCCCCGUAGCCAAGAUUUGUGUACUGCCAGUUCUAGCACCCAAUGAUGAAGAAUCUUCCUCUACCAUCGAAACGUCUUCACAAUCUACCCUGGACACCUUGUCUGCAGCAAGCCGAUCUACGUAG